CUACGUCAUCGAGAAUAAUCGGGAAUACGCAUUGUGCAUUAUUCGUUUUUUACCGAAUUCAAAGUAUAAUAUCAUUCGAAAAUAAAGAUAGUGAAAAUACAACAAAACGCUGAGCCACUUCGGAAACAAUGAAUACUGUUGAUACAGGCGAACUACUAAAUUUCCAAGAUUACUCUCCCGAGCACAAUGAACGCAGUGCUAGGAUCGAUGUGGAAGCAGUACACACUAGUCAAUACAACAAUUCCAUGUCGAAUCCAAACUAUGAUUUUGAAGAACCCAAAGUUACGGAAGAACCUGCCACUAGCCCCCAAUCUAACCACAACUUCUGGACUAUCCAGUAUUAUCAGAAAUACUUUGAUGUACAAACAAAUGAAGUAGUGGAGAGAAUAAUUUCUUCGGUCUUGCCCCAAAAGGUAUCCAGAAAUUACUUUGAUGAGAGGAUAAAAGGCAAACCUGACUUAUAUGGUCCAAUAUGGAUUGCUGUUACCCUGAUAUUCACAAUUGCUGUAAGCGGUAACAUAGCAAGUUAUCUUCAAAACACCAACAAGUCGGUAGAAUGGCGAUAUGAUUUCCAUAUUGUGUCCAUCUCUGCAACAGCUAUUGUAUGUUACAUAUGGCUUGUCCCGCUAGCGUUAUGGGCUGCACUCAAGUGGACAGUUCACCCAGAUGGCCAAGAUGAAAUUGAAACCCAGGCAUCAAAAUCACCAACAAUGAUCUCCCUGUUUUGUUUAUAUGGUUAUUCACUGUCUAUCUAUAUACCAGUUGCGAUAUUCUGGACUAUCCAAAUAUUCUGGUUGCAGUGGCUAUUUGUCAUGAUGGCUGGCUUUGUAUCAGGAGCGGUGCUCGUUUUCUGGUUAUUGCCUGCUCUGAGAAAGUCUAGAUAUUUCAUCAUUUUGGUUGGCUGCAUUCUAGGAUGCCACUUUUUGUUGGCAGCUGGAUUCAUGUUGUAUUUUUUUCAUACACCGCAAAGCUCCAUUAAACAUUUUGAUGUUAUAUCGUCUACUCUUAAACCGGUGUGAACUAUAUUGUUCUAGUUGUAGUUUAUAUUAUUAUAAGCAUUUAAUUG